AUGACAAUCGAUAAGCGCGAUUUCGACGCGAAUCGCCCGCUCCUCCAAAAUAUUGAUGCGGAACAAAAUACAACAGACCGAAACGCAGAGCCGUCAUGGCGAUACUCACGACGAGGUUCACGGAGCUCCGGUAAUGACGGACUGAGUGAUGAUGGGCUGUUGAGCGAUGUCGUCGAAGAGAUUGUCGAGCGGGACAGACGGAGGAUGCAAAAGGAGGUUAUCCGAGUGCUCAGCUUUGGCUGGGGUGUUGUUACUUGCUUGGGAGCCGGCAGCAUCACUGCUUUCUCUCUGUAUGGCCAUCUUCUCCUUACCCGACUCCAUUACUCGCAGCUCCAGGUCAAUGCCGUUUCCAUCGCUGCCGAGAUCGCAAUGUACCUUCCCGUCCCCUUGUUCGGCUACUUGUGUGACCGCUACAGCCCAUCGCCACUGGCCAUGUUCUCGGGACUGGUGUUUGGCGUCGGGUAUCUCCUCGCUGCAUUCACAUAUAAAAGUGGCCCACCUGCUGAUGCGGGUGGUUCCGGUCAGCCAUUCUGGGUGAUGAUCGUGGCGUUUAUCGCCAUUGGUAUGGGGACUAGCUGCAUGUACCUAGCAGCUAUUGCGACGUGCGCCAAGAACUUUGGCAGGGGAAAGCACAAGGGGAUUAUGCUUGCUGUUCCGAUUGCCGCGUUCGGUCUCAGUGGUAUGUGGCAGAGCCAGCUCGGGACGUACCUGUUCUAUGAACGCCUCGAGGAUGGGAGUCACGGCGAUCUCGACGUUUAUAAAUACUUUGUCUUUCUGGCGCUGCUUUUGCUGGUGAUUGGUAUCAUCGGUACCUUUGCCUUGCGCAUCGUGGAGGAUGAUGAUAAGUAUAUUGAUGAGACGGUUGAAGAACUAGAGCGCAGUGGACUGUUAGAGGAGAGUGAUUUCUUCCGACCACAAGCGAUUGAGUACGGCACGUUCUCUGAUUCAUCUGACGAGGAGCAAUCAAUCCUCUCCGAUGAAGAACGUGAGCAGCAAAGGCUAGAGAAGGAGCGCGAGGAAGAGGAGCGCCGGAAGAGGAACUGGCUGCUCAACUAUGAAACCCGUGUAUUCCUACAAGACAAGACCAUGUGGUGGCUGGCCGCAGGCUUUUUCUUGGUCACCGGCCCCGGCGAAUCGUACAUCAACAACCUGGGCACAAUCAUCCCAACCCUCACACCUCAAUCCUAUCCCACAGGCGCAUCACCCCCAGCCGGAUCCCCCUCAACCCACGUCACAACCAUAGCCCUAACCUCGACCAUCGCGCGCCUUCUAACAGGCUCACUUUCCGACUUCUUCGCACCCCCGGCAACACACCUCUUCCCUUCGAUUUCCGAAGGAGCCCGAUACGCGCCCCUCACAUCCCCUGCAUCCUCGCGUCUCACUCUAUCCCGCAUGACAUUCCUCAUCCCCUCAGCCUUCCUCCUCUCCCUAGGCUACCUCCUCCUCGCCUCCCCUCUCCCAUUAGCGCACCCAGGCAUCUUCAACCUGACAACCGCGCUGAUCGGCUUCGGAUACGGCAGCGCCUUCUCCCUCGCGCCUAUCAUCAUCUCUGUCGUCUGGGGCGUCGAGAACUUCGCCACAAACUGGGGUAUCGUUGCCAUGAUGCCUGCGGCUGGUGCGGCACUCUGGGGCAUUAUCUACUCCGCGGCAUAUCAGAAAGCCAUGGAUCGGGGCGACGGUGAUGGCGCUGAUGGUCAGUGCCAUGGAUGGCGAUGCUAUGGGUUCUGGGCUGCUGGCUGCACGGUUAGUGUAUGGGUUGCUGUUCUGGCUUGGGUGGCUGCUUGGAGGGGGUGGAAGAGGAGGGGGGUUGUUGUUUAG